GAUGUUCUGCUCCAACGGAUUAAUGCACGUCGGCCAAAAUGUAUGGAACUGGAGCCGCGUUCUAUGCGGACUCCUGUAUCCCGAACCCGAUGGAGUCCUUGAAAGACCUUUGCCAAAAGAAGGAGAUCUAGAAGGUGGGUGUGAUGCGGUAGGGGAAAAGGAUAUGUGGCCUAAACACAUUUUCCAAUUAGAAGGACUAAUGGUUCUAAGACUAUGGGGACGGUCACGUGAUACUGAUGAAAUGUUCCGAAUCGUAUGGACGAAAUGUCUAUACUAUAAGAAAUUCGACAACUUUAUACAUACAUUGGAUACACUAGAAAUACCUGGAUCAAUAGCUUGA